AUGGCUGCCCGAAUCGGCUUACGUCAGAUCCAUCUUUUACCCCACAAGCGUCAGCAGACCAAGCAAUGUUUGCCUGAGAAGCUUCAACACUACUGUUCCCAGCUUGACUUCCACUGCGAUGCGGGCCGAUGCCCUACGGCCACGCUAUACCGGGCCUUCGCAGGCAUCAGUGCCAGGGAGACCUUGAUAUCGCCUCCAACCAGUCCGAACUCGCUCCGCAUCUCCUACCGUCACCCUUUCGGCCGGUUGAUGUACCAAAGACCGGCGAGGUCCGUCUCAGCUGGUCUGAUGUCGGCCACCAGGCGUCAGUUGGGUAAUUUGCGCCGGGCGACCCCCACUCCUAUCCGCUCGACGCACUAUGUGGUUAGAUCCUACCCGAAUGUGCUGUCACUUCAUGGCACCCACACAGCUCCUUGUCGUCUCACAGGUGGAUGGCUGGCGUCGUCAUAUCCAACAAAGAUCCAGGCUCCUAGGUGCAGUGUGAUGAUGUGCACCCUCCGACCUAUCGAUCGAGAAGUCUCGGCUUAA